AUGAAACUCGACGCCAAGGCGCUCCGCUACCUCACCUCUGAAGAUUUCAGAGUGCUCCAAGGAGUUGAAGCCGGAAGUCGCAACCAUGAAGUCGUCCCCACACCUUUGAUUUCCCAGCUGUCGGGCCUCCGCGGAGGCAGUGGCGUGCACCGGUCCAUCUCAAACCUUGCCAAGACGAAACUGAUUGCGAAAGUGAAGAAUGCGAAAUAUGAUGGAUACCGACUCACCUACGGUGGACUUGACUACUUGGCGCUGAACGCCCACCAGAAGCAGAAGGUUGUCUACUCAGUCGGCAAUCAGAUCGGUGUUGGAAAAGAAUCCGAUAUUGUCGUUGUUGCACACAGCAGUGGAAGCCAGCGAAUUCUCAAGAUCCAUCGUCUGGGUCGUAUUUCCUUCCGAACCGUGAAGACAAAUCGCGAUUACCUUCGGCACCGCAACACAGGAUCCUGGAUGUACAUGUCGCGACUGGCUGCUAUGAAGGAAUUUGCCUUUAUGAAGGCUCUGCGAGAGAAUGGCUUCAAUGUUCCCGAGCCCAUUGCGCAAAAUCGCCAUACCAUCGUUAUGGGUCUUAUCGAUGCUUUCCCGCUCCGCCAGAUCUCCAAGGUCCCCAACCCUUCAGCUCUCUACUCCGAAUUGAUGGAUAUUAUCCUAGAACUAGCACGGUUUGGUCUGAUCCACGGUGACUUUAACGAGUUCAACAUCUUGAUUAAGGAAAUCGCGGAACCCAAUGGAAAAGGAAAAGCUCCCGCCAACACAGAGGGCGAGGAGGACGAUGAGAACAUCCGGCUGGAACCGGUGAUUAUUGAUUUUCCUCAGAUGGUGUCCAUCGACCACACCAACGCGGAGAUGUACUUUGAUCGUGAUGUCAACUGUAUUAAGCGGUACUUCAAGCGGAAAUUCCACUUCGUGAGCGACGUACCGGGCCCCUUCUUCUCGGAUGCAAAGAAGAAUUUUUUGAAGAACCCUGGCAAGCGUCUAGAUGUGGAGGUUGAAGCAUCAGGCUUCUCCAGAAAGAUGGCCCGUGAGCUCGAAAAAUAUAUGGACGAAGUCGGUGCCAAUACGGAUAAUGGCGAGGCUAGAGAGGAUCUUGAUGAUGACGAGGAUGAGGAUGACGACGAGGAGGAGGAAGAGUCUGGUUCUGAAGCUGAAGAGGAUCAGGAAACCCAUGAGGAGCAGGUCGACGCGGGAGUCGACGAGAGUUCCAAACAACUAGAGGCGCUGCAGGUCUCUGGAUCAUCGGGGUAG